AUGAAAAUUGAGCUUCUUGAAGUCACUGUCUCUGAAACCAAGCUCUUCUCAGGCUCCUCUCUGAAUGACCACACAGGGUCAUAUGCUACUGUAUUGGCCGGGGGGGGAGGCAGUGUUGCAAUAGUGGUGAGGGGGGCAGAGAACAGACUGGAUAUGGAUGAACUAAUCAGCAGAAGGGAUGACAUCUCACUGCAAGGCAUGGUGACUAUCACUGCAGCUGUAAAAGAAGCAGGAGAAGAAGGAGAUGUGACAAUGAGAGUGAUGCUUUCACAGCUCAUUGACACUGCUGUCUCCACCUCCAACCUGGCUUUCUUGGCGGCCAUGAAGGCUGCCGCUGCACCAUGA